GGCUUCAGUCGGUGCCGCCACGGCUCCGCCCCGUCCCUGCCAGGCUGAGGGCAGCGGCUUCAGUCGCAGGCUGAGGGCGGAGCGGUCGGCCUGAUGGCAGCCGUGUUUCUGGUUACGCUGUAUGAGUAUUCGCCGCUGUUUUACAUCGCCCUGGUGUCCGUCUGCUUCCUCGUCACCAGCGCGCUCGUCCUCGGCUGGUUUGGUUUGGGUGUUCCUGUUAUUCUGAGGAACUCGGAAGAGGCAGAAUCCAGCACAAGGGUAUUGAAAAAGCGGAUGAGACAAGUGAAGAAUCCUUUUGGGUUGGAGAUCCCUAAUCCUGCUGCAGCUUCAGUAUCAAGGGGUGUAACACUGACACCUGACUGUCUGGAGGACUGUGUCCUUACCUUCUACUGGGGUUGCAAUGUCCAGAAACUCCACGAAGCACUGCAGAAACAUGUCUACUGCUUCAGAAUAAAGACUCCUCAGGCAUUAGAGGAUGCUCUCUACAAUGAAUACCUCUACAAACAACAGCACUUCAUUAAAAAAAAUGACAAGGCAGAGAAAUAUUGUCAGUUACCAGAAGAUGCUCAAGUUGUGGAUUUUGGCCCUGUGCCUAGAGCUCGGUAUCCCUUGGUAGCAUUGCUGACGUUAGCAGAUGAAGAAGACAGAGAAAUAUAUGAUAUUAUUGCAAUGGUGGCUGUAAUUCACAUUCCUGAUGAAAGCUACAGACUUUCCUGCCGAAUAUUGUAUCAGUAUCUCCUCCUAGCUCAAGGUCAAUACCAUGAUCUGAAGCAACUCUUCAUGUCUGCAAAUAGUCCUGCACCCUCCUCCAGUGAUACCUUCCCUGGUGAGAGCAGCACUGACACAGGGUUGCUGGAAAAGGCCGGGCUGGCUGGAGAUGAACCGGAAUUGCAGGAAGAAAACACCAAAGACUGUGUUGUUUGCCAGAACGGCCCCGUGAACUGGGUCCUCCUGCCCUGCAGACACACGUGCCUGUGCGAUGGCUGCAUCAAGUAUUUCCAGCAGUGCCCAAUGUGCAGGCAGUUUGUGCAGGAGUCUUUUCCACUUUGCAGCAAAAAGGAGCAAGAUGAGGAUGAAUCGACCCAUGUCUUGCAACAUGUUCUUCCUGGAAGAGUUUUUUAACAGGAGUUAAAAAUAAAAGACCUGGGUUGUGUGCACUAAGAUUAAAUGUGGAAGCCAGACUAUUUAUGGGAGGAUAUGUAGCAUUAACUUGUAGGAUUUUGCUUUUUAUUGUUGGGUGAUUUUCAGCUUCCUUAUUUUUCCUCGCUCCAUAUGCUCGCAGGAGCGCUGCUUCCCCGUGCAAUGUGGACAGAAGUGCGUAGGAUAUCUCUGAAGGAUGUGAUUUUAUUUAUAACUCCUUCCUAGUUUUUCUUGGAGCACUAUUGGAGGCUAUUUUGACUACUAAAUUUAGGCUGUCUACUAAAAAAAGAAUAAAACUUGCAAGUGCAGUUGCACGAGGCUCAUUCUAUAUUUAUUGUGUUUAAAAUACUAGAGCUGUAUAUGUUUUAACUCAGUAUAAUUUAGGAACUCAGCACUUUACAGAAUGUACCGUAUGAAGGAAAGUAAAUAUUCUUCAUUGUUAA